AUGUAUGUAGAGCAGACUUUGUCAGUGUGGAUAUUUGGGCUUCUGUCCAUCAGCCUCACAGGAGCACAUGGACUCGACCACUUUCCAAAAAAUUUUGUAGUAGCAAAAAGGAAUGACGCAAAUGCAGUCACACUGACCUGCAGUACGAAGUCCAGCGGAGAAGUCGUGUGGAAGUUUGAGGACGACUCUGAUUUUGAGGACAAUGUACAGAAGAUCGGUACAAGUCUGAGCGUGACAGAAGUAGAUACACCCAUGUUGGGAGAAUACAGCUGCUGGAGUGGAGGAGAGAUGUUAUCUUCAACUUAUCUGCUGCUGAAGGCUGAGGAUGAAGAAGAAUUAAAUUCUUUCAUCAAUUGCCGGGCAAAGUCUUAUGACUGUAACUUCACCUGUACCUGGACCAGCAAUGAAUACACAGCAGUGCGUCUUGGACUGGGCCAUGACUGUUAUGAAGGUGGGAAGUCUUGUGAUUGGGUCACCAGCAGUCAGCAGCUCCAGAAUGGGGGAUUCCAGUUUGAGCUAUCCCACUCCCUCUCACCCUACGCUGAGGAAAGCACCAUGAUUGAACUGACUGCUGAGGCCAUCAUUGAUUUCUACAUCCAUCGCACGAUCAAGAGAUUUUAUCUCAGAGACAUCGUUCAACCAGAUAGUCCCCAGAUUGUCAAGUGUCAGGAGGUGGACCAGGACCUGAAUGUGACCAUUGAUCCACCAACCAGCUGGUCCACUCCUCACAGCUUCUUCAGUCUGGAGCAUGAGAUUGAAUAUGUGUUGAAAGAUGAUGGCAAGACUGGACGUUCCUCAUCGGCUUUGAUACCGAAGAGGAUCAGCAAGCUGAGAGUCCGCUCCAGAGACCCGCUGGUGAUCUCAACCUGGAGCCAGUGGACUCCCUGGAAAAAUGUGAUCACAGGAAAAAAGAAGCUUUGCAAAUGCAAAAAGACAAACAAAUAUUGCUGUCCAGAGUUGCCAUCUGGAUACUUGAGCCGCUGCCAGAAAAGGAAGAAAAAAGGAAAACAGGUCCUAAGUAAAGUCGGGCAUUUAGUUUGA